AUGUAUAGUGUGAAAACCAUCCAGAUAGAUCUACCCAAUCUUACUGGAAUCCGGGAAGCCAUGCUGGGGCAGGUCCAGGCAUCCUCAAGCUCUGACAGAAUCAGGGCCCCCAGAGACACCAUCCAUCUCUGUCUCGCGCUCUGUCUGAGCCAGAAUCUUUGGGCACAGGAAGGGUGUUUUCCCAUUCCUAUUAUAUCUGCCACACCUGGUUCUGUGAUUCCCUGGAAGGAGUCUGUGAAGAUCCUGUGUUGGGGGACUCCUGAGUCUUACUUGUACCAACUGGAAAUCCUGAGAAACUCCACAUUUGAGGUGGUAGAGAAGAAAUUGGGAUUUCAGGAGAAGGCUGAAUUCCUCAUUAGCCACAUGAAUACCAACACUGCAGGGCGUUAUCAGUGCCAAUAUAGGAAAGAGUACAAAUUAUCAGAGCACAGCAAAACCCUGGAGCUGGUGGUGACAGGCUUGUACGACAAACCCUCCCUCUCAGCGGUGCAGGGCAUGGUGGUGAUGCUGGGAGAGAAUAUUUCCCUGCAGUGCAGCUCAACAGACAUCCCAUUUGAUAGAUUUUUACUGACCAAAGAAGGAGGAGCCACCCUGUCACAGCACCAAAAUGGGGUACACCAAGGCAACUUUAUUCUAGGCCCUGUGAACCACAACUUCUCAGGGAACUAAAGGUAUUAUGGUUGGUACAGUGGCAGCCCUUAUGUGUGGUCAGCCCCCAGUGAUGCCCUGGGGCUUAUGGUCACAGAUAUAAUGAACCAAGAUUACACAAUGGAGAAUUUGAUCCGUAUGGGCAUGGCAGGACUGGUCCUUGUGGCUCUCUUGGCCAUAGUCAUUGGAAAUUGGCACUGCCAUAAGGUUCCAAACAAGGAAGACUGGCCAUAUUUUCCUGAACUGAGCCGGAGUAAACGCAAAUGUCAGACUGGACCUUUGGACAAAGCCUUAAGAGACACCAGGGCCUUGUGUGGAAAAGCAUACUGUAAACCUGGGAAUAAAAAGACCCUCCCCUCCUAGAAAAAGACUACGUUGUCUGGUAGCCAUGAUGACAAAAAGCCGCCGGAGCCAGUUUUUCACCCAUCAGCAAUGACCACUCCCCUCAAUGAAAAAUGCCCUGGUGGUUCAACCAAUCAGCUCCUUGCUUCUAAAUGUCAGCCAAUCAGAAACGGAUUUACUUCAGUAACUGCACCUGUGAGUGACAGCCAACCCUUCAGAAGGGAAACAAAAGUAAUAUAAAAACAGGGAGGGGGACAAAACAUAAGAGACUCUUAAAUACGAACGAAGAGUUACUGGAGGGAUUGUGGGAGGGGGGAUGGGCUAAAUGGGGGAGGGGCAUUAAGGAAUCUACUCCUGAAAUCAUUGUUUCACUACAUGCUAACUAAUUUGGAUGUAAAUUUUACAAAAUAAAAAAUAAAAAAUAAAAUAAAGUCCCCCUUCAAUAAACAUCUUUUACAGAUGAUGCCAAUCCACAAGAGGCCCUGAGAAUCCAUAUUUCCCAAAAACCCUGUAGGCUCUGCUCAGAGACUCAGAGGCAUCAUGUCUAGCCAGCGUAACUCCCCUAACAGAGUAAAAAUAAAUUCUGCUUUGCCUUUUUUAUUCCAGGCACUGAAUGGUGAGUGCAUUUACCUUUGAUAGUUCAUAUAUUGGGCUGAUUUAGGUUAAAUGGAAGGCGUGGCUUGGGGAAAAGAGUAUGAGGACUUAUAUUCCAUGACCUUCACCUCUAUGUUGGGCUUUAUGUUAGUCAUUUCAUUUACAAAAGCUUACUACAGCCCUGUGAAUUUUAUUUUAAUCAAUCCGUGUGUCACAUGAACAAACAGAGGCUUAGAAAUGAUAUGAUUUGAAGGGCGCCAGGCCGGCUCAGCAGUGGAGUGUGCAACACUUGAUCUCAGGGUUGUGAGUUUGAGCCCCAUAUUGGGUGUAGAGAUUACUUAAAAAUGAAACGUACUGCACACUACUGAACUGUACACUUAGACUUGGCAAAGAUGGUGAAUUUCAUGUUAUGUAUUUUUUUGCUACAAUAAAAAAGUAGUUAAAAUGGUAAAAUUUGGUUAUGUAUAUUUUACCACAAUUUGCAAAAAGUUGACCCAUAAAUGACCAGCAAUAAAAUAUUGCAAACUUCGUGAAGAAACAAAGAACCCUCAAAAUAUAAUGGGAGAACUAGCACGCCAAAACACUUGAGAUAUAGAACUGUCAUUAUGCAUGUGUAAAUUAUUAAAAUAGUAAGUAGAGAGGAAACCCAUCAGGAAACUGAGGCUAGACCCAUUCUCUAAAGUCCAGA